AUGACUGUGGCUAAAAAAGAAGAAUAUCCUCUGAUGGACUUGGAUAAUAACAUUGUUGGAUGGGAGAGCCAAGAUGAUCCCAUGAACCCCAGGAACUACCAUCCGUCUCGAAAAUGGUUUCUUAUGCUUCUGAUAAGCACGAUCACUUUGAUCAGUCCGUUCACAUCGUCUGUCUUCUCUCCAGCUGUGCCAUAUGCUGAGAAGGAAUUUGGAGUUACAUCGACCAUACUGGGAACUCUCUCGGUGACGGGCUACCUGUUCGGGUAUACAACAGGUCCCAUGUUUAUCUCCUCGCUAAGCGAGAUGUUCGGACGGCGGGUUAUCCUCAGCGCGGCCAAUGUGGAAUUUGUGGCCUUCCAGAUCGGCUGUGCGCUCGCGCCCAACAUCUCGACCUUGAUUGCCUUUCGCUUCCUGACAGGAAUUGGCGGUUCAGCCUGUCUCACGACAGGGAGCGGCGUGUUAGCAGAUUUAUUUGUGGCCAAGCAGCGCGGCCUAGCGAUGACGGCAUAUUCCUCAGGGAUCCUGGUUGGACCGGUCCUGGGACCUGUUCUGGGAGGAUACGGCUGGAGCACGGGCAACAGCGGACUCUCCUACCUCGGACUCGGAGUCGGAUUCAUCCUGGGACAGAUUGUGUUUGGCAUGUUCAGCGACCGGGUGGUCACCCAGCUGGAGGCGCGCAACAACGGCAUCUACGAGCCGGAGAUGCGGCUGUCGAUCUCCAUCUUCUUCUCGGGCUUCAUCCCCGUCUCGUUCUUCUGGUACGGUUGGGCGGUGCAGGCCCACACCCACUGGAUCGUGCCCAUCAUCGGACUCGCCCCCUUUGCGUUCGGCAUGGUCGGUAUCUACAACACCAUGCAGACGUACGUGAUCGACUCGUACCCGCGAUACGCGGCGUCUGCCAUGGCGGCCCUGGUCGUCACCCGCUCCCUGAUGGGGGCGCUGAUGCCCCUGGCUGGGCCGGAGAUGUACAAGUCCCCCAACUAUGGAUGGGGGAACUCGCUUCUCGGCUUCAUCACUCUGGCAAUGGUCCCUCUGCCGGUUCUGUUCCAUCGCUUUGGCGGCGCGCUGCGAAAGAAGCUCGAUCUGCGGUUGGACUAG